CCAAGUGCGUGCCAUCACCCCAUGGAAGAUUCGAUGGACAUGGACAUGAGUCCCCUGAGGCCCCAGAACUAUCUUUUCGGUUGUGAACUAAAGGCUGACAAAGAUUAUCAAUUUAAAGUGGAUAAAGAUGAAAAUGAACACCAGUUAUCUUUAAGAACGGUUAGUUUAGGGGCUGGAGCAAAGGAUGAAUUGCAUAUUGUUGAAGCAGACACAAUGAAUUAUGAAGGCAGUCCAAUUAAAGUAACACUGACAACACUGAAAAUAUCUGUACAGCCAACAGUUUCCCUUGGGGGCUUUGAAAUAACACCACCUGUGGUCUUAAGGUUGAAGUGUGGUUCAGGGCCUGUGCAUAUUAGUGGACAGCACUUAGUAGCUGUGGAGGAAGAUGCAGAAUCAGAAGAAGAAGAGGAAGAGGACAUAAAACUCUUAAGUAUAUCUGGAAAGCGAUCUGCCCCUGGAGGUGGAAGCAAGGUUCCACAGAAAAAAGUAAAACCUGCUGCUGACGAAGAUGAUGACGAUGAAGAUGAUGAUGAUGAUGAUGAUUUUGAAGAUGAGGAAACAGAAAAAAAGCUCCAAUCAAAAGGUCAAAAAUCAUUCAAAAAACAGGAAAAAACACCUAAAACACCCCACGAUAUUGUGAUGGCUACUAUGCUGAACGGUGCAGCAGUGAUGGAUGCAGCACUUCUGUUGAUAGCUGGUAAUGAAUCUUGUCCACAGCCUCAGACCUCUGAGCAUCUGGCUGCUAUAGAAAUUAUGAAACUGAAGCAUAUUUUAAUUCUACAAAAUAAAAUUGAUUUGGUAAAAGAAAGGCUAAAGACCAAUAUGAACAGAUCCUUGCAUUGUACAAG